GUUUAUUGGUCGAACGUUAGCGGUGGUCAAACAAAAUUACAUGGCGAUGCAAGAUUUAUGACUAACGUCCACAACAAGUAUACAAAUAACACUUCGGCUAUCUGCGCACCCGCCGACCUUUUUCUAGAACAAUAUCUCACUGCCAGCUUCUUUCACCAGCUUUCUACAUUGCAUUGUUCGUUGUCCGUAACACAGCCUAUGAUUUGAAAACGAUAUUAAUGAGCAUUUAGCGUCAAUGAACUAAUGUCAAUUGAUUAAUUUAAUUGAAUUGAAAUAAACUGUUGGAUUUGAAGGUUAUCGCAAGGGGAAAGAUCUUAACACGUAAUUGAGGAAAUUUGCUUGACGAUUCUCAGAAACUCAAACGAACUUCAAGUCAUACACGCUUCACUUUGCUCUGCCAUCGGCUGAUAAUUUUAAAUUUGGAAAAUUUAAUUUCUAAUAUCUUACAUAUAGUAACUACCCUCACAACACACAAAUAACCAUUCUUGUUUUUGCUUUUAUGAAAUAUUUAUAGUUUAUGUGAAUUACUCGACGGAACGUUGGCAGCUCCAUAGUUUUCCCCAUUUCUUAUAUAAAACCUGUGAUUUUGUCAUGAUGUAUAGUGUUUUUCUUUGUGUCCAAUUAUAUAAAAUAUAUAACUAAUCUAAAACUAUAGUAGAUACAUAUAUAAAAUGUAUUCUAAUAAAUUAAGCAUUUAAUGUCAUCUUAGGAGAUGUUUUCAUUUACUCUACUUAGAAAUUAUAUACUAACUAUGUACUAAAUUAUUUAAACAAAAAUGUACGUAAAAAAGAUCUUAACCCUAGAAGAUAUACAAUACCACUUUACAACAUUAAAUAAAUUUAUACUCUGUAACGAAACGGCAAUGAAUCGCAGUAUUACCUUUACAAACGGCCUUACGAUGUUUUGUAUCUGUUCAAGGUCCUAUCUCGAGCUGGUCGUCUUAUUGUUUAUUAAUAGUAGAAUAGCAGUCGCGUGACACUAUCGUCUAGUGUUUAUGAUAAGUUCAUUAUACAACAACUAUAGUCAACAUUCACAUACGAUUAUUCAAUCUGUGGCAAUACGUGAAUUAAGUCGCCUAUAUAGUUUAAAAUGCCUUUUAAAAGAAAUUGGGACGCAUCGUGUCCUCGAGUUUGGAAUAAAUGGGAGGCUGACGGCCAGGAGUGGAUUGUCCAGGACUUGGACCCGAAAGACGAUGAAGAGGCACUUGACAUUUUAUUGGCACAUCUUUGUACUGAUGAAAUUCUUUGCUCCUUAAGCAAGCUUUCGGAAGAUGAAGAAAGCAUCGAGGGUAUGAAGAAGUUCUGGGUGCCCUGUAUAGCGCAGAGGAUGAGUCUUGCGCUCUACACCUGCGUAGAUGGUAAGAAGACUCUGGUAGCUUUAAACGUGUGCGUCGUCAUGUCUGCUGGAGAUACUUUUCCAGAUGUUGAGUCGCCAGGGUCUUUAGACAUCAAUCUUAAAGAGAUCAAAGGUGAGAAAUGGAAGAACGUGUUUAAAGCGCUAGAGUACGUGGAAAUCAAGCGAGAUCCACACAGAUACUUGGAAAUGGAUUUACUGUUACAUGCGUUUGGGCUUGUUGUAAAAAGAGACUACAGAGGACAAAGGCUUGGUGCCAAAUUGUUGGCUGCUAGGGAGCCACUAUCAAAAGCACAUGGGAUCAAAGGUACAACGACGGUAUUUACGGGUCCAGCAUCACAGAAAUUGGCGGCUAGCUGUGGCUUCGAAAGUAUUUGCGAAGCAUCCUGGAAGGACCUGGCUGAUUCAGGAUUAGACUACCCUCAUGAGCCUAAUAAAUAUAUUAAACUUAUGGUUAAGCGAUUUGAAUAAGCAAUAGAAUUUUGAUAGAACCAUAGAUAUCAUUCUGGUGAUAUAGAGAAAUAUUAAAAAUAUUUUCAAUUUUAUCAUAUAGAACCGGGUUGCCUAUAUGUAUAUUAGCGUGAAGUGUGUAUUUCAUAAGGUUACUAAACAAAGAUCAAGAUUAUUAUGAUUACGAAUUACUUUAAACUGUUUCUGAGUUAAGGGAAGUUAGUACUCAACUGUUGAAAACGAAAUAUCUAAGUUGUAAAUCAGGAAAUCCAUGGAUAAUGUUAUUUAUUAUUUAAAAGUUUGAACUAAAUAUGACAACACGAAUUCUAGAUUUCUAUUGUCUUUUCGAUGUUUCUACAUUAGUUCUGUCUUUUCAGCUUAUUAACAUAAAUGCAAUGAUUUCAUAAUCUAUGGAAAAUGUCUUUUACAUAUUCACUUUAUUGUUAUUUUUUAUCAUUCUUCGAUAAGAAUUCUUAUUUCUUAUACAAGGAUAAUAACUUAUAUUGUCAUCAAUAUACAAUUUAGUUUUAUUUGUUCAAAAUGUCUAUUAAAUUAUUUCAAAUUCCAAAUUUUACUUAGGGUCCUCCAUGAAAAUAGCAUACAAAUCCAUAAAAAGUCGGCAACGCACUGGCGAGCCCUCUGCCAUUGAGAUUGUCCAUAGUCCAGUUAACAUCAAGUGAGGCUCCUACCCGUUUGAAGGACCCUAAGAAUAAUUGGUUUCUUUAUUACAAUGUGAUCAGGACAGGGUUGAACGGAUGAUUGGGUCUACAUUCGGGAAGAAAUUGUUCUAUUGGGUCAGGCUGUGUCCCGUUUAUAAAGAAGGCGUUUAGAAGAACAGGAGAACACACAGGAAUACGUACACUUAGAAAUGAGCUGCCUCGCGUCUCGGUCGAAACGCAGAUAACUUUUUAUAUCCUUAAAGAACGCUAUCACAUUUUCAUCUAUGUAUGGUCGCCUGCAAAAACAAAAAGUAAUUUAUUUGUAUUAUACAAUUUUUUUUAACGACACGGUAUGAAACUGUAAUAAACCGUUACCUUUAACGUAACCU